AUGGCGCUGCUGGUGCGGGAGCCGCUGUGCUCGCGGGUGCGGCUGCGGGCGCUGCCCUCCGGCGGCGGCUCGGUGCGCGGCCUGCUGCGGGACUGCGCUCGGGAGCUGAAGGUUCCCGAAGAAAGCUUGUAUGUGAAGUGUAACGGGCGGCUGGCGGCUGGAGAAGACGCGCUGCGGGAUGGCGCCGUGUACAGCGUGGAGCUGCGGCUGUGUGGGGGGAAAGGAGGAUUUGGAUCUAUGCUCCGAGCACUCGGUGCUCAGAUUGAGAAAACAACCAACAGAGAGGCUUGCCGGGACCUCAGCGGAAGGAGGCUUCGAGAUGUCAAUCAUGAGAAAGCGAUGGCUGAAUGGGUGAAGCAGCAAGCGGAACGGGAAGCAGAAAAAGAGCAAAGGCGCUUGGAAAGGCUGCAACGGAAACUUGCAGAGCCAAAGCACCUGUUUACAAACACAGACUACCAGCAACAGUGUCACGAAAUGGCUGAACGCCUAGAAGAUUCAGUCCUUAAAGGAUUGCAGGCCUCAUCUAGCAAAGUAGUGUCACCAGAAAGUGGCAGUGGUCGGAAGCGUCCUGGUGAAUCUGGAAAGAAAGGAACAAAAUAUGGAAAAAAGAGAUGUUUUUGGCUGGGGUUGGAAGGAUUGGAUGAUACCGACAGUUCAGAUUCUGAUGAUGGCAGUGAAGAUGAUUCCCCUCAGACAUCUGAUGGAAGCUGUCCAUUAGGAAGCAGGCAUAAUGAAAAUGCUGGAAAUGCCAAUGAAUGUUCAAGCAGCUCUGUGGAUUCAGUGGAGCACAGUCCAGCUGCCAGUGCUGCUGAGGAGAAGGCAUCGCAGCAACCAGAGCUUACUAGAGUAGAUCUGCAGGAGGAGACCCACACGGGUGGCCAGCCUGAAGUUCCAGCUGAUGAAAGCAGUGAAAUGACAAAGGCACCUCUGAAGGAAGAGGCCCAAGAGAAGAGUGAAAUAACUCAGACUCUGAAGGAAGAAGAGCAAGAAAAUGUUUCUUCUAAGGCCCAGGAAACAAAUUGGUUACCAAGCACAGAUGUGGAACCAAUCGACCUGCUUGCUUUCAACUCUGCUGCUGAAAUGGAAGUGCUGGGGUUAGAUAAGCUGAAGAUGCAAUUGAUGGCCUUAGGACUGAAAUGUGGAGGCACUUUACAGGAGAGAGCAGCAAGGCUUUUUUCAGUGAGAGGUCUGUCCAGAGACCAGAUUGAUCCUUCCUUAUUCGCAAAGCCUUCUAAAGGGAAAAAAGGGAAAUCUUAAAUUACUUUGUGUCUGUGUACUUGUAAUUUUUCCUUAUUCUGCUGUCAUUCUGUACUGUUAUGGAGAAUCCUUUGGCAUCUCUGGAUAAUUUUUUGCUUCUUUUUUUAUGAAGUUUAGUUGACAUAGCACAGAGGAAGCUGUUAAAUGGCAAGUUAGUUAUGUGGUCAAUAUUAAAGGAGUGAAAUACUGCCUUUUGAUAAGCUUUACCAACAGUUAUAACAAAUCUUAAUGUAACAGAGCAAACUCCCUGCAGAUGGGAAGGAAGAACCUGUGUGUUUUUUAGAGAGUGAAUGUAUGGCACCAUCCUCACCUGUUUAAAGAAGAGUAUUAGUCCUUUAUUAGCUUUGAAUUGGAUCUCCUUUAAUAUAUAUUCCAGUUAGCACAGGUAAAAGACAAACACCAAACUUGUGAUUUGGGCUUAUGCUGAAGUUUCUUUGUAUGAAAAGAGUGUUUCCAUAUGGAUGGGGUCAGUCUUAAUAAAUGCUGUUCUAUGAAUUAGUGAGAUGUCAGGCAUCAGUAACUAAUUGGUAAAAAUAUUUCUUAUAUAAAUGAAAUUAUUUUGCUCUCUAAAAACAAAUGAGUGAGGGGGAAGAAGAAAGAAUUACAUCCUUAAGGAAUUAAAAAGAACGAAGUGCAUUUGCUCCUUGCUGAAGGUUAGUACAUUACAGAGUGUUCAUCGGAACCUGGGUGGGAAAUUUAGUAUAGGUUCUAACUUUUUUCCAGUGGCAAAAGCAAUGGAGUAGGCACCCGAGGACUUGAGUAUCUGCAGUGGUGGUGCUUUAUCCCAGCUCAGUCUGUAACAUCAGAAAUGGGAGUUAUGCCAUGAGGUGGUAAAGGCUCCUGUUAGAACAGUGGCAUGCUUUUAUGACUGCAGGUACAGCUGCCAUUUCUGUUUGAGAGGCUUUGGAUUGGUGCCUCAGGCUUCAGACUUGGCCACUGUAUGCUGAGAGUAUUAUGCAUGAUCUAUCUAUGUAUCAGAUUUUCUUGGAGAGACUUGGCCAAAUAAAGAUUUCCCUCCUUUUCUGACACUGUACAAGCAGUACAGGCAGGAAAUGGGUUUCAAAUGCUAGGGAGCAAGUUCACUCGUGGUGUUUCAUAUCUCAAACAUGAGCAAUGCUUAUCUACUAUUUCAGUUAGCAGUGAGCAUUUUGCAAUCUUGUAACCUUUCUUCUCAGAAAUUGUUUAUACUUGGGAGUUAGCUUUGUAUUGGCAGUGUUAAAGCUGAAGUUGUGUUGUUGACAAACUGUACAGGCAGGCUGCUAAUACAGUUGUGUUUGUGCAGCUGCUCCAAAAUGCUGGGUGAUAUGACAAUUUAUACUCAGUUACCAGUCAGCCUAUUCUGUGACUUGCCAAUAUGCUGGAGAGAGUUAAGGCUGGAGUGUGGUGGUUACUUCUGGUUGCACCUCAUCCACUUAGCACAGUUGCUGGCAUUUGACCAAAGCAGAGCUCCCCUCUUGAUUUAUUUUUUUUUUUAAUUUUUACUUUUUUUUUUCCUCCCCUGAGGCACUUGGUUGGAGAAUGUAGAUGGAGGAUUUCUGGCUCUGGAGAUGUAUCCACCUGAAUUUACUGUGUGAGCAGCCCUGCUGUUCCUCCAGGUGUCGCUGUGGGCUUGGGACGGCUCAGGUGCGAGCAUCCCCAGCACAGCCGGCAGCCAGGGCUUCUGUUCUGCAUUCGUUCUGGUUUGUAGGAGAUGGUGCUCAGUCAUACCAAGGAAAUGCGUGUGAACUGGGAAGGGCAGGAUUAAUUUAUAAUGCAGCCUCUGAUAGACAAGUCAAAAGAGCUUCCUGUAUUUGUUUUUUAACUGUAAGAUGGGUUUGAGUCUGCUCACUAAUUGUAAGCGUGUGGUGCAUCUAAAUAAAACAUUCCUUAGGAGUACAAGA